CGUCCGCCAGUCGGUUACGCUGUUUAAAUACCGACCAGCCCCGCCCGCUCGCCAGUGCUGCAGCAGUGCCCAGUCUACCCAGCCACUCCCGCUUCCGUGCAGAAGAAAUAUCUUCUGUGUUUUUUCCACUUCAAGUUCAAGCGCACUUGUGAGAAUAUGGCCACCAAGGAGAAGCUGAUCCACCAUGUGAUGGAUGGCGAGCCAGUGGGCUCCAGGACUAAGGUGACGGUGGUGGGCGUUGGUAUGGUGGGCAUGGCAUCUGCGGUCAGCAUCCUUCUGAAGGGUCUUUGCGAUGAACUGGCUCUGGUGGAUGUGAUGGAGGACAAGCUGAAGGGUGAGGUCAUGGACCUGCAGCAUGGAAGCCUCUUCCUGAAUACACACAAGAUUGUGGGAGGCAAAGACUACAGUGUGACUGCUGGAUCCAGGGUGGUGGUGGUCACUGCUGGAGCCCGUCAGCAGGAGGGCGAGAGCAGACUGAACCUGGUGCAGAGGAAUGUCGGCAUCUUCAAAUUCAUCAUCCCCCAAAUUGUCAAGCACAGCCCCAACUGCAUCAUGCUGGUGGUCUCCAACCCUGUGGACAUCCUGACCUAUGUGGCCUGGAAACUGAGUGGUCUACCCAGGCACCGCGUGAUCGGCAGUGGCACCAACCUGGACUCCGGCCGCUUCCGCCACCUGAUGGGGGAGAAGCUGAAGCUCCAUCCGUCCAGCUGUCAUGGCUGGAUCGUUGGAGAGCACGGUGACUCCAGCGUGCCUGUGUGGAGUGGAGUGAACGUAGCUGGCGUGUCCCUCAUGGCACUGAACCCCGACAUGGGCACAGACAAGGACAAAGAUAACUGGAAGCAUGUCCACAAGGAGGUGGUUGAAAGUGCCUAUGAAGUCAUCAAACUGAAGGGCUACACCUCCUGGGCCAUUGGCAUGUCUGUGGCUGACCUGGUGGAAUCAAUGGUCAGGAACCUGCACAAGGUGCACCCAGUCUCCACCUUGGUUAAGGGCAUGCACGGUGUGACCGAAGAAGUCUUCCUGAGUGUCCCUUGCGUGCUGGGUAACAGCGGCCUUACGGACGUUGUCAAAAUGACCCUGAAGCCCGAUGAAGAGGCGCAGCUGAAGAAGAGCGCCGAGACCCUGUGGGGCGUGCAGAAGGAGCUCACCCUCUGAAAAGCUGCCCUCUGAAGAGCAUGCCUCUGAGCUGAAAUCAUCCCUACUGCCCCUACCCACUCCUUCCAAACCAGGUUCCAUAUCAGCAGUGACUCCCCAUUCAGCUCCCUGCCUACAGCCUCUCCUGCACCCCUCUAUCCCCCAGUGUUACCUCCAUCCAUACCCACCAACCCUUCAGAUUGUACCCCAGCUGCCCCCCUUUUUAAAAUUCCGACAUCUCAAAGCAACACCUCAGACCUGUAGACCUUAACCUCCUCAUGUUAGCGGCAUAGGCAGCUGCAGAGGAGGUCCUUUCUUCAGAAACGAUCACAGGGCCUUUGUACUGUACGGUCAGUGUGUGUGUGUGUCACCUGUCUGUCAGUGCUUCUCGUCUUCCUCACACUCCAGCCGGUGUUGUUUAGAAAGGAUUACAAGGGAAGCCUAGGGGGAGUUUGUGAACUGGAGAGAAUAGCUAGUAUUGCUUCUCUUCAUUGGUUUCCGUGUUGUUGUUUGUUGUUGAGCUCAGCAAUCAUUCCGUACCAUUUUGUCCCCACGGCUGAAACAUUAGACCAGUUACCGCUAACCAAACACUCCUCUAAGCAAACCACAAGUGCACUGAUACAACACGUCAUACGAAAGUCUGACUCAUCAAAAGGGCCAUCAUAUUCACAGCAAAGCUGUUGAAAAGUUGUGGGCAUUUGCUGUUAUUUAAAGAGGAAAACAUUCAAAUUCAGGAGACAACCAGGUAAAGCUAUGGCAUCUCAACAGGGGGGACUUUGUUAGAGCUCACUUAAGAAUACACUGUGUUAAGUAUUAAAAAAAAAAAAAAAAAAAGACAUAUACAUGAUGUCACUAGCAAUUUGUAUGUCUGCGUACCUUACGUGUUUGGCUGGAAGUUGUCUGUUGUUCACUUGUGUAAACAAGAGGUUCAGACCAGGCCACAGGAUAGAGUACUGUCGCUCCAACUAGCAGCACACUUGAGGACAUGUUGGGUAUUUGAUGGCUGUUUGUCUGGUGAACCUGUACAUCUGUAUCCUUAUCCUGCAUAUGUGGCUGGUUUGGGCUGUUUCAGCUCAAUCCCACACCAAAUAAACUUCCACUAUAAUAACUAUGAAA